AUGGGAAUGAGUAAAAUUACACCCUCUCCCUCCAAUGAAUCUCUAGAAGUUGUAAGGAAGGAAAAUUUAACGAAUUCAAGAUCCUCCUGGCAGAGAACUCGUCAAGAGGAUUCACAAGGGCAUUUGGCUCAUGGAGUGAAUAUGCGGGAUUCUGUUGAGGAAAUAUUUACUAGUAAAAAUCAAGUGUUGAAAACAGCCGAUUCCAAGAUUGAUAAGGAAGAGGUAAAAGUGGAGCUUCAUGAUAAUCAUAGGGAUGUAGCAAAAUCUUUGAAAAAGAUUCUCUCCAUCAAAUGCUGCUUUUCCCUUAGUAUUGUUUUGCUAUCAUUAAUUUCAACACUCACCAUCUUUGCCAUCACACUUUCUGUACAACAACAGUCUAUUGAGGAAUUUACCAAAGUGAUGGGUUCUAAUUUAAAAUUUUCAGCAUCAGAAUUUAUUUCCAAUUUUAUGGCAGCUCCUUUCAGAAUUACAGAGAGCGUGGGAAGAAGUUUGUACAAUGAGGAAAUUGUACCGUUCGAGUACAGUAAGAUUUAUUCAACACUUUUUGCUCAAUUUGUGGUGAAUAACGUCUCAUAUGUGUCAUAUACUAGAAAGGAUGACCUUUAUAUUGGCUUGUUUUGGUCUGAUAGAGGGCUACCAGCUAUAGAUGUUUAUCGAGAUGGUUGUUGGGUUAAUGGAACCUAUGAGGUGACUAGUAUUGAUGCAAGGACUGAUGUCGUUCCUGAUCCAGUUGAUUAUUGUGACAAUUAUUAUGUGAACCACUUGGACGAUUUGUAUUGGUGGAAGCAGGGAAACAUACUAGGUAAAAUAACAUGGGGGGAUGCCUAUUGUGAUAAGGAUGGUUUUUAUUGGGUCAGUUCCUAUUUUCCAAUCAAGAAUGAAAGUAAUAUUGUUUUAAACAAGUACACCAAAACACUGGAGCCUGAAAUGAAUGUAUUGAUAUCAGUGGAUAUGGAUCUUGCAAGUGUUUCUAUAUUUUUGUAUCAAAAUUUAGAAAUUAGUAAGAACUCGUUUAUCUAUGUUGUCCAAAGCAAGGAUAUGGUUAUUGUUGCCACUUCCAAAUUGAACGAUACAAUUUUUAUAUUUGAUUUGGAGGCAGAAGGGUUUAUUCAAAAAAAGAGAUUGAAUGAAAGUAGUAUCCCAACUGUUGCCAAGAUUGGAUCUGAAUUGAUUCACACAUAUGGAACUUCUUUGGUAAAUGUCUCAAUUCCAUUAACAAAAUUCUACGUCAAUGGAGCAGAGUACAGAUUAGAGGUGGUAGACAUUAAAGACAAGUACGGUUUGGAUUGGAAGUGUAUGAUUUUCAUUGCAAUAGACGACUACAUGGGAAAUGUGUAUACAUUGAGAGAUGUUGUGUUAAUAGUAGAUUCUUUGGUGGUAGUUAUUUCUUUGGUGGUGGGAAUUAUAAUUUCUUAUUUUGUAACCAGUCCAUUAACACAACUGGGAAAGAAAAUGGAGGAAUUGCAAAAUAUUCAAAUUGAUACCGCUGAUUUGAUUAGUGAAGUUACUUCUAGAGCUUCAGAAUCUGAUAGAAAUGAUCAAGAACAAGAUAUGGACUUGGAAAAGGUUGAGGAUCAAGGAAGAAACUCUAUAUUUUAUGAAGUUUUUGUUUUGCAGGACCACUUUUCAAGAAUGAGCUCUGUAAUGAAGGGAUUUAUGAAAUAUGUACCAGUGGAAAUUGUCAGCACAUUUAUGAAAGGGGAUCAAUCAAGUUUUGAGCUAGGUGUAAGGAGCAAGAAAAUGGCUAUAUUUUUCAGUGAUAUUAAGGGAUUUACAACUAUUUCAGAACAAUUGGAACCAGGUGUGCUUAUCAAAAUGUUGAAUAUUUAUUUUGAAAAGACUUGUACCAUCAUUUACAAAAAUAAGGGAGUUUUGGACAAAUUUAUUGGUGAUGCGUUGAUGGUUCUAUUCAAUGCUCCAGAUACUAUUGAAAAGUAUGAAUAUUUGGCAGUUAAGUCAGCUCUUGAUAUUCAGAAAAUGCUAAAUCUUCUCAACAAGAGAUUUAUCAAGCAUAACUUGCCUCAAUUAUAUACAAGAAUUGGAAUAAGUGUUGGUGAUUGCCUUGUGGGAAAUAUUGGAUCUAGUUAUAGAUAUUCAUACACUUGCAUUGGAGAUACUGUGAAUUUGGCUGCAAGAUUAGAAGGAAUUAACAAGCUCUAUUCAACCAAUAUGCUUAUCUCUGAUACUUGUUAUGAAAAGGUAAAGACAUUAGUUGUUUGCAGACUGAUUGACUGCGUUGCUGUUAAAGGAAAAGCAAUUGGAAGAAGAAUCUAUUCUCCAGUCGGUCAAAGAUUAGAAAUUGGAGAUGAAGUACAAAGAAUGUGUGAUCGUUAUGCAACCAUUCUAGAAACCCAUUAUUGGAAGAGAGAUUUUAAAACAGCCCUAAAAGAAUUUGAGAUAUUCCUUGAAGAGUAUCCAGAUGAUGGACCAUCUCAAGAAAUGAUGUCAAGAUGUUGCAUGUAUAUGAGUGGUGAAUUACCAAUGCCUCCUGAAAAUUGGACAGGAGUCUAUAUGGCCACAGAAAAGUAA